UCUCGCGAUUUCAGCUCAACGCAGAAACAUGGCCGCCUCCACGAGUAGAGGUGGUAGAGACAAACAAAGUGGCAAUUCCACAUUAAAUGACGACUCCGAGACCGAUGCAAAUGAGUUUUGUCCAGGAUUCAAAGAUGUCGAUUCAUUUGUCAAGCAUGGUUUGGGAACUGUUGUCGCAGCCACAAAAGCUGCUGCAGCCCUGCCCCAAGCUGGAGAUGAAUAUGAUUUUUACAGAAGCUUUCCAGGAUUCCAGGAAUUCUGCGCCACGCAAGGGGACCGGAUUCUUCAUAGUAUGAGUCUGCUAAUGCAGCACCAUGGCUGUCGGUCUCACUUACGAGACCGCAACAAGCUGACGGGACUAGACGAUCGAUUUGAUCUGGUGGUGGAUGCCAAUGAUUUGAUUCUAGAGAAAGUGGGCAUUCUGCUUGAUGAGGCUGCAGGGGUCAACAGAACCCAAGAGCCUGUCAUGCCUGUUGGUUAUCAGCCUCCCAAAAUAGUCGUCUCCAGCUGGAAUCGCAAGGGGAGCGGCUCUGGUCACAGCCCUGAGACCUUCAGGCUUCUGCAUGCCAAAAAUGUCCAGCGGCCUCAAAUGAGGUUCAAAGACAAAGUCGACAACAGCAACACGCCGUUCGUCCCCAAAAUCUUUGUGAAGCCCAACGCCGUAGUACCCCUGCCCACAUAUUUCACCAAUAAGCACCUCCACAAGCAGCGGCCAGAGGACCUGGAUGUCCCUGCGGCCCUGGCAGACUUUAUCCACCAGCAGAGAAAACAGGAGCAUAUGGAGGACAUGUUCUCUCAUCCAUACCAACAUGAGCUUGAGAAUCUUACCAUGCCAGAAAGUUUAGAAUGUAGACCAGAGCCUCAGAUGUACAAACCAUUGGAUGAGACUAACUGCCAAUUUAUAGACACAUUGGAUGACCUGGUCGCCUUGAAUGAGAAGCUGUGCAAAACCACUGUAUUUGCAGUGGAUUUGGAGCACCAUUCCUACAGGAGUUUCCUCGGCAUUACCUGCUUGAUGCAAAUUUCAACAAGGGACGAAGACUUCCUUGUAGACACCUUGGAAUUGCGCAGUGAGAUGUAUAUCCUCAAUGAGUGUUUCACAGAUCCCAACAUUGUUAAGGUUUUUCACGGGGCAGACUCCGACAUUGAGUGGCUGCAGAAAGACCUUGGCCUCUACGUUGUCAACAUGUUUGACACGCAUCAGGCAUCACGUGCUCUCAACCUUGGUAGGAACUCCUUGGAUCAUCUCCUGAAGGUGUUCUGCAACAUCGACACAGACAAGCGCUACCAGCUGGCUGACUGGAGAAUUCGGCCUUUGCCCGAAGAGAUGUUUCAGUAUGCCAGGGGAGAUACUCACUAUCUCCUGUACGUGUACGACCGGCUGAGGGCAGACCUGCUGGACAUUGGCAAGGGCCUGCCGUCCGCUUUGCAAGCAGUCUGGAACAGGAGCAGAGAGAUCUCCUUGAAGAAAUAUGUGAAACCGAUCUUCACAGAGGAGUCCUACAUGGAUAUGUACAAGAAGCAGAAGAGGGUUUUCAACACACAGCAGCUGACUGCCUUCAGGCUGUUGUAUGCAUGGAGGGAUAAGUUGUCCAGGGUGGAGGAUGAGAGCACUGGCUAUGUGUUGCCCAAUCACAUGUUGAUGAAGAUUGCAGAAUUAUUGCCCAAAGAGCCACAGGGCAUUAUUGCCUGUUGUAGUCCUACCCCUCCCAUGGUCCGCCAGCAGAUUAAUGAACUGCACCAGCUGUUGAAGCAAGCCAGAGAAAUGCCGCUUCUCAAGAGUGAAAUCGUGGCUGAGAAAAACAAAGUGAUCACCCCUAUUAGAAAGCCUCUGGAGUCCUCCCUAUUCUCUCCUCAUGACACGUCCCGCAUCUCCGAAAGUGAUUUGGUUGACCGGCCUCUGCAAGAAACCCCAAUUAAACGUGGAAUACUCUUCUCUGAGGAGGAAGACCAAGAUGAUGCUGAUGCCCAAGCCCUGGCAGGACUUGUGGCUUCAGCUACGAUUACACUGUUUGAGGAUGUGACUGAAACGGUGCCUGAUAAACUUACUGUGGCACAGCAGAAAGCCCACAGAAUCUUGGCGUCAUUUGAAAACCCCUUCAAAAUGUACUUGCCAUCGAAGAAUAUCCAUAUUAACAAAAAUGCUAGAUUUGACCCAUCAUCAAAGAUCUAUGAGAUUAGCAACAGAUGGAAGCUUCGUAGUAUUGAACAACAGCAAAAAGAAGCCCAGGAAAAGCAGGCGGCCAGGGAGCAGGCAAAAAAAGCGAAAGAGGAACGAAAAAAGGCCAAGAAAAGUUACCAAGAAUCCCUUCAGAAUGUUGUUACUGUUCGGCAACAGGCAGUGGAGACUGGACCAUCUGGAGGAAAGAAGAGGGACAGAGUUGACAGUGACGUGAAUGAGGAAACUCCUAAACCCAGCGCAAAGUUCCUCAAACCCGCAGACACACCAGGCGAUGCACCCGCGUUUCCUGCCGCCAAGGCGAAAGCCAAGAAAGCGGCACAACAACCUCCUGCCCAACCCGAAUCCUUCACUCCCUUUGACUACAGCAAGUCAAAGCUCAAGGUUUUUUCUGGAGGUAAAGCGAAGGAUUCCGAACAAUUUGACCCAAAUACAGAGGUUCAUGAUCCUAACAGAAAGAAAAAUCCUAAAGGGAGUAAACAAGGCGGUGCUGGAGGCAGGAGUAUGUCCUAUAUGGCUGGCAAAUCUAAUCGUGGAUUCCGUCACAACUGGCCCAAGAGAUAGACCAUUCCUACGAUAUUGGUUUUUUAUUAUUAUUAUUUCCUAAUGCAUGAUUUCUCCUGGUCUCCUACCUGGUGUUCACCCUCAGAUGUUCAACUCAUUGAUUGAUUUUAAAAUAAAAUGUAUGGAUUUCUUCA